AAACCGAACACAAUCAAAACGACAUCGUUUUAGAGAGAAUGUUCGUCUUCUUCCUCCUCCUCCUCCUCCUCCUCGGAUCUCUCUGAUAAUUUUUUUUUCUUCUUCUGGGAAAAAACCUCAACUUUCUCAGAUAAUUACUCAAUUCAAACUAUUCUUUCGUCUCUCGCCGAUCUCUCUGUGGAUCAUUCUGCUGUUUAGAUCUCUUUUCCCUAAUCUAGUCUACUCCGGAAAUGGAUAAGGAGAAAUCUCCUGCACCUCCUCCUAGUGGAGGCCUUCCUCCACCAUCAGGUCGUUACUCUGCGUUUCCUCCUCUGACUCCUCCUCCAAGCGGGAGCUCAGAUGCUAACCGGUUCAGUCACGAUAUAAGCCGAAUGCCCGAUAACCCGCCUAAGAACCUAGGCCAUCGCCGAGCUCACUCAGAGAUCCUAACUCUCCCUGAUGACUUGAGCUUCGACAGCGAUCUUGGCGUCGUUGGUGGUGCCCCUGAUGGACCUUCUUUCUCUGAUGACGCGGAUGAGGACUUGAUGUCAAUGUAUCUCGACAUGGAUAAGUUCAAUUCCUCCGCGAGUUCCUCCUGUGAGCCAGCGGAGCGGGUUUGGAGGAAUGAGUUAGCCUCGACUACUACGCCUGGUGGUGUUGGGUCUAGUGAAAGGCCGAGGAUAAGGCACCAGCACAGCCAAUCGAUGGAUGGUUCAACGAGUCUUAUGUCUGGGAGUGAGGAUGUGUCUGGAGGAGUUGACUCUAAGAAAGCUAUCUCUGCUGCUAAGCUCUCCGAGCUUGCUCUCAUCGAUCCUAAACGUGCUAAGAGGAUAUGGGCGAAUAGGCAGUCUGCUGCGAGGUCGAAAGAGAGGAAGAUGAGAUACAUAGCGGAGCUAGAGAGGAAAGUACAGACUUUACAAACGGAAGCUACUACUCUAUCUGCGCAGUUGACUCUCUUACAGAGAGAUACAAAUGGUCUGAGUGUUGAAAACCAUGAGCUGAAACUUAGAGUACAAACUGUGGAGCAACAAGUUCACCUGCAGGAUGCAUUAAAUGACGCACUGAAGGAGGAAGUUCAGCAUCUUAAGGUCCUAACGGGGCAAGGUGUUUCGAAUGGUGGUGCAUCAUCAGUAAUGAACUAUGGUUCUUUUGGGUCAUCAAACCAGCAAUUCUAUACCAAUAAUCAGUCGAUGCACACUAUGCAAGCCGCACAACAGUUCCAGCAGCUCCAAAUCCAUUCGCAGAAACAACAACAGCAAUUUCAGUUUCAGCAGCAGCAGCAACUGUAUCAGCUUCAGCUUCAGCAGCAACGGAUUCAACAGCAGGAACAACAAAGCGGUGUGGCGGAGCCGAGAAGGCCUAUGUCUUCUUCGGGCCAGAAAGAGAGUGUGACAUCGCCUGAUCUUGAUUCUUCCUCAACAAAAGAUUGAAGACUGAGGAGUGUUGACUGUGUUAGUGUCCAGUUUGGUGAAUCUCCUUUCUCUUUCCAGUUACAAAGCUGUGGCGUUUCCUCCCUAAUCAGAGGCUCAUGGGGUUUGGGAUAUAUUUCAUUUUAUUUAGUUAAAAGAAACAAGACACCUUAGAAGCUGUUAGUGAAGCCUUUGCCUGUUGUAGUCUCUGUUAACCGUAUUCAAAUUCUUUCGACUUUUGUUAUAUUUGAAACGUCUCUUGUUUGGUU